AUGGUCAAAGUUAGCAAGGGCCAAUGCAUCCGAGCCAAGUCCAGGGCACUUAUUGAAGUUGAAAGUUCUUUGACUGAACACUAUGAAAAACUUUGGGAUCAUGGACAUGAAAUUAAGAGAGCCAAUCCAGGAUCUAUAGUUAAGAUGGACGUAAAUUUAAUGGCAGAUAGAAGCAAUAAAUUUAGGAGAUUUUAUGUAUGCUUCAAAGCACUAAGAGAUAGGUGGAUUAGUGGAUGCCAGAAGGUUAUAGGACUAGAUGGUUGUUUUUUGAAGGGGGUGUGCAAAGCAGAGUUAAUAUCAGCUAUUGGUCGAGAAGGAAAUAAUCAGAUCUACCCUUUAGCUUGGGCUGUAGUAGACGUGGAGAACAAAGAGAAUUGGAAGUGGUUCAUUGAACUAUUAAUAGAAGAUAUUGGUGUUAUCGUAGGAGCAGGGCUUACCAUUAUGUUUGAUCAACACAAGGGCAUUGUUGAAGCUAUAAAAGAGUUGGCAUCGUAUGCAGAACAUAGGCAAUGUGCAAGACACAUAUAUGCUAAUUUCUAUAAAAAAUUUGAUGGUGUUGAAUACAGAAACAUUUUUUGGGCAAUAGCUACAUCCACUUUUGAGGCAGAUUUCAUGUCACACAUGGAAAAGUUGAAGAUACAAAACCUUGAUGCAUAUAAUCACUUGAUUGAAAGGGACCCUAAUACAUGGUGUAGGGCAUUUUUCCAACCCCGUAGAGCUUGUGAAGCUGUAGAAAAUGGGAUUUGUGAGUCAUUUAAUUCAAUAAUUGUUGAUGCAAGAAGAAAACCCAUAAUCACAAUGUUAGAGGAGAUAAGAGUAUUUGUUAUGGAGAGACAUUACAGAAUGUUAAGCAAAGCACAACAAUGGGAAUCAAUUGUUUGUCUGUCCAUAAGGAAAAAGUUAAAGAAAUGGGUAGAAAAUCACAAAUAUUGGUAUGUUAUCCCUAAUGGUGGGAAUGUGUUUGAAACACGAAAUGGUUAUGAAGCAAUAGUGGUAGACUUAGAUGCUAGAAAAUGUAGUUGUAGAUUGUGGGACAUAUCAGGCAUUCCUUGUGUGCAUUCCAUUGCUGCCAUACACUUUAUCAAUAAGGAUCUAGAGGAUUAUGUUAGUAAAUGGUUUACUAAGGAUCUCUUCAAAAUGACCUAUGAGAAUACUAUAAGACCAUUGAAUGGGAGCAACAUGCGGACUCCAACACCUUACCUCAAACCAAACCCACCUAAGGAAAGGAGAAUGCCUGGUAGACCAUCCAUCAAAAGAAAAAGAUCAGAAUCUGAGAGCCAAGGUACAAGGGUGACUCAAUCUGGGAAGACAAUGACAUGUAGCAAUUGCUUGAAAACAGGACAUAAUGCUAGGACUUGUAAGAAUGAAAAGAAGAACCCACCAUCCAAACUUGUUAAGCCAAAAGGUAGACCAAACCUCAACAUUCCAAAACCGACUAUAACAAGAAGAUCCAAUAGAGGUGAAAAAGGCAAUAGAGGUGGGAGGAUACCAUCAUAUGCAGGGACAUCGUCAGGUGUUCUACAACCAGCAUGGCCCAAAGGCAUCCUACCAUAUUCAAUUUCAAGAGAGGCUGUUGUUAAUGAUGAAGACCGUGGUGAAGGUGAUACUACUAUUGGUGAUGAAGAAUAUUAUGAAAGUGAUGAUGUUGUUAAACAUCAAGAAGGGUUACAAGAAAGUCAAAUGGUUAUAUCUCCACCAGACAUUAAUGAUGCAAAUGAAGAAUAG